UCAAUCACGCUCAAGGCAUAUUUCUAUUAAUAGUUCCACAUUGGGAACGUGUGUUUUGGAGAGCGGACCUCAAAUCGAAGGCAGUGACAACACCGCUUACAAUUCGGCAUCUGGACAAACAUUUGAUAGACACAACGACGGGCCUUCCACCUCCAAAAGUACAACAAAUGGCUUUAGAGGUUUGGAAAUGUGGGGGUGGUCACGGAACAUCACUGAUUGGAACGAGGCUCAAUUAAAUUUAUUACAGUCAUCAUGGCGUUCAUCCACACGAAGAACGUACAAAGUUGCCUGGAACAGAUGGUUGUCUUGGUGCGAAUUACACAGACUUGAUCCUUUUAAGCCUACCGGUUCAAUUUUAGCAAAAUUCCUGGCAGAUCUAUUUUUAAAAGACCAUCUUUCUUAUAACACUAUUUUAUUACAUAAAUCUGUUGUUGCUACCCUAUGUGAUACUGAGAUCUCUGGAGGAUUAAGCUCUCACGUCCUAGUUAAACAUGUACUGAAAUCUAUUUCCUUAAAAAAGCCUGUGCAACAUAAAACAAUAAUAUGGGAUACAGACAUUUUAACUUCUUUUUUAUCUAUAUAUUCAUUUGACGAAAACAACAUUUUUUCAACAUCCCGUCAUGCAGCUAUUUUGCUUUUAUUGUGUUCAGGUAGACGUGUUCAUGAUCUUACCCUUUUGGCAGUGGACAAGCACCAUUACAUGGAAUUCGAUGAUCAUAUAAUUAUGUGGCCUCUAUUUGGCUCAAAAACUGAUAAUGGUGGUUUCAGGCAGUCAGGCUGGAAGAUACUAGCUAAUUCUACCAAUAAGCAACUUGAUGCGGUUUACUGGGUGAAACGCUGUGUCCAACUUCUUCAUAAUAGACGGCACGAAGCUAACUGUUCGAAUUUAUUUGUCAAUUUGAGGGGACAGCCAAAGGCAGCAUCCCAAACUAUAAUUGCCGGAUGGAUCAAAACAUUAUUAUCUGAGGCAAACAUUUCUGCACCCCCUGGCAGUGUUCGCUCUGCAGUAGCGUCGAAGAGUCGGUCAGAUAAUGUCUCGGUAGAUGAAAUACUCUCUCGGGGUAAUUGGAAAUCUGGUAAUACUUUUCAGAAAUUCUACAGACGAGAAGUAAUAUCGCCCCGUAAUAAUCAUUUAAGAGAUUCCUUUGUUCCCGUUGAUUAACUUGUUCUUUACUAUUAAUCAUGGUAAUGAUGCGUUAAUAAGUCUGAUGUAUGAUCGAUAUUCAUUUCAUUAUCUACGCUAUUUUAACUAGAUGCCUUCUCUAAUAAAUAAUUAUUUCAUAAUGUGUGCAGUAUUACCUAAAUAAAACACUUUAUAUUUCUGUACAGAAUGGUUUUUAUUUUAUUCUAAUAAAUCC